AUGUUGUUGUGGCUGGUUGUGUUCCUGCCUGCCCUGUCCUCGGCUCAGCGAUCGGAGCCCAUGUUCUCAGCUAUAACCAAGACCGUCCUUCCACCCGACUAUGACAACAACCCCACCCAACUCAACUAUGGCAUGGCCGUCACUGACGUGGAUGGGGACGGAGACCUGGAGAUAUUUGUAGCUGGCUACAAUGGCCCAAACCUGGUGCUAAAGUACGACAAGGAGAAGAAAAGGCUUGUCAACAUCGCUGUUGACAACCGUAGCUCCCCGUUCUACGCCCUGAGGGACCGUCAAGGCAAUGCCAUCGGAGUGACAGCGUGCGACAUCGAUGGAGACGGUCGGGAGGAGAUUUAUGUCCUUAACACCAAUAACGCCUUCUCUGGUCGGGCAACAUAUUCAGACAAGCUGUUUAAGUUCCGUAAUGGACGCUUUGAAGAUCUGCUGAACGAUGACAUUAAUGAACACAGAGAUGUAGCCAAUCGUAUGGCUGGGCGCUCAGUGGCCUGUGUGGACAGAAAGGGUACAGGCCGUUAUGCUAUCUACAUAGCUAACUACGCCAGCGGCAACGUGGGUCCUCAUGCUCUGAUAGAAAUGGAUGAGGCAGCGAGUGACCUUUCACAGGGUGUCAUUGCCCUCUCCAGCGUGGCAGAGCAGGCCGGAGUCAACAAGUUCACUGGAGGGCGAGGUGUGGUGGUGGGGCCCAUUGUCAGUCAAUCCCAGUCCGAUGUGUUUUGCGACAACGAAUAUGGACCCAACUUCCUGUUCAGAAACAAUGGAGAUGGAACUUUUACUGAUGUGGCGCAGCAGGCUGGUGUGGAGGACCCCAUGCAGCAUGGCAGAGGGGUUGCUCUAGCAGACUUCAACCGUGACGGCAAGACAGACAUCGUCUACGGGAACUGGAAUGGACCUCAUCGUCUGUACAUACAGCUGAAUAACCGCAAACAAAAGUUCAAGGACAUAGCAUCCCAAAAGUUUUCCAUGCCAUCCCCGGUUCGCACAGUUAUUGCUGCAGACUUUGACAAUGACAACGAGCUGGAGGUCUUCUUCAAUAACAUCGCCUACAGGGGCCCCUCCGCCAACAGGCUCUUUAGGGUGAGCAGGAGAGAGCAUGGAGACCCUCAGAUAGAAGAGCUGAAUGUCGGGGAGGCAUCAGAGCCUGAAGGACGAGGAACCGGAGCUGUAGCCACAGACUUUGAUGGCGACGGGCGUUUGGAACUGCUGGUGUCUCAUGGUGAAAGUGCAGCACAGCCGCUUUCUGUCUACAAAGUCAUCCAGGGCACCACCAACUCCUGGCUGAGAGUGAUUCCCCGGACCAAGUUUGGUGCUUUCGCCAGAGGAGCUAAAGUGGUGGUGUACACUAAAAAGAGCGGCCCACACACACGGAUCAUUGAUGGUGGCUCAGGGUACCUGUGUGAGAUGGAGCCAGUCGCCCACUUUGGGCUUGGUAAGGAUGUGGCCACCAAUGUCGAGGUGUACUGGCCGGAUGGUCGUUCAGUGGCCCGACCCCUGGAGCCUUCAGAUGUCAACACGGUGCUGGAGAUCCACUAUCCAAGAGAUGAGGAGGAAGUCACUCCUACUGUGGAAAUAGAGUGUGGUCAUGGGUUUGCUCUGAAUGAGAAUGGCCGUUGCACAGAUGAAGAUGAGUGUACCCAGUUUCCCUCUGUGUGCCCCUCUGACCGCCCUGUCUGCACCAACACCUAUGGCAGCUAUAAGUGCCGCGCCAAGAGGAGAUGCAACCAGGGCUUUGAGCCCAACGACGAUGGGUCAGCCUGUGUGGCCCAGGUAGCUUACUUUGGGGGGACGCGGUCCUCUGGGGAGCGCAAGUGGUCGGGUCUUUCUUUCUGGCUGCUGUCCGUCACUGUGCUACCUCUCAUCUCUACUCAUCUCCACACUGGACUACUGUAGCUGUCACUCUCCUCUAUGCUUCCUAACUCUCUUCACUGCUAAAUGGGGAUGUACAGAAACUCUCGGAGCAAACUUUUCACUGAAACAUCUACUCCUUCCUCUCCUCUGUGGAUCUCUGCUAUCUUUUUCCACCAGUUAUUUACAGUCUUGCCCCUUCCUCACCGCUGCUUUUUGUCACCUCUUGGCUCCCGGCCCCCUCUGGACUAUAAAGAAACACAAAGGGAGCAUGCUCGCUGGGAGCUACGGGGUUCAGAACUAACUGUGUCACACCCGCAGAGCCCUCACGUCAUCACCUGGCACUUAUCUUAGUGGGACCUGAACUGAGGCCAAGUCAAUAAGUGGAGCUGCAGCAUAUAAACCACUGCACAUACAGCAGACAGAUCUACUGGCUCCACAGACCACAUUCAUUAGAGACACGCUGAGGCCCCAUCUGUAUAUCCACAGUGCCACUAUGUUAAUCCUUACAGUGUCACUCUCAUUCUUAUUAUGGGCUUACUGGGAUGCUGAGGAGCACCAGGUCUCCAAGCUUUAGGUUCUGUGUGUGCGUGCGUGCGUGUAUGCGAGUGUGUACUGCUUCCAAAGUCGGGUAGAGGAACAUAUGCCAGACCAUCUGUCUCAGAUGGUAGGUUACAUUUUGUUACCUAUGAAUAAUACAACAGCACAGUGG